GACGUAAAUAAGCGACGCACUGGUGGAGCUUCCUGUGUUGUUGAUCUCUGGUUCCGUGUUUUCGAUAUGGACCCAAACUGCGGCUUUUCGGUGAUCGAACCCUCUGCGUUCGAACACAGCUGGACUUUAUAAGCGCACCGAGGCCGCAGGCAGCGUCAUGGCUCUCAGCUCGGGCGGCUGGGCUCCUCCGGCCUCGCUGGCUGCCGCCGCGGGCCCGAACCCGGCCCACUGCGGCGCGCCGGUACCGGCACCUGCUGCGGCGGUGUGCUGCAGCACCGUUCUGAUGUCAGUCCGGGUUUCGGUAUGUCAUUCUGGGAUCCGACCCCUGUGCCUCCCCGGAGCGGGCAGCGAGGCUCUGCGCUUACAGCUCAGCAUGGACCCGAACCGGGCCGGAGAGUUCCGGCUGGCGCUCAGAGACACCAGCGGCAGCCGCAGCGUGUUCAUCGCAGAGUUCGACCUGCGCUCAGUUCAGUAUGAGGUCAAGUCCCCUCGAUGUCACGAGAUGCGCCUCGCUGCGCCGCCUCAUGACUGCAUCCGCUUCAACUUCCGCUGUGACCGUGAAGCCGAGGAGUGGGCCACAGUGGUGAUGUCAUCGCUACGAGAGGCACAUCGAGUUGCUAACGUCAGCGCGUGUGAGACAGACGGUGGAUUGAGCCACACGGUGGCAGCGACAGACCAGCUAAGCUCUGCCUAUUUGCCACUCACAGAGGAGCUGUGCUUGGAGCUUUCCAGGGCGAUCGAAGCCGGAGAUACGCAGGCUGCUUCACAUCACGCGUACACUUUGGCUCGUCAAAAAGCAGCGCUGACCAUUCAGCUGACUGAAAAAAACUACGCAGACGGGGAAAUCAGUUUGACGGUGGUGGUGGAGGACGUGUCCUCAUCCUGUUGUGUCAAAGUUAAAGUCUUUCCCUACAUGACCAUAGCUGCCCUCAAGCAACAGGUGUUCCUCGAGUACGGGUUUCACCCUCGGGUGCAACGCUGGGUGAUCGGACAGUGCUUGUGCACUGAGCCGAGGUCACUGGCGUCUUACGGUGUGCAGAAAGACGGGGACACCGCGUACCUCUAUUUGAUUUCUGCCCGUCAGGCCCGCAUCACCCGUGAGCUGUUCCAGCAGGACCUGGAGAGCGCCCUCCUAGCCCCACCUCUCCCUCCUGGAAAUGGCCCCACCUCCCAAGACUGGAGGGGUUACAGCACGCUGCCCUCCAGGCUGCCGCACAACAGCCACGGUAGUAGCGGUGGGGGAAGUGAGAAAGCAGGUGACAUUAAAGAUGCCCUCGCCAUUGAGACCCUCCAGCUCAACGAUAAAUCCAGCAAAACCAGUAAAACACAGGCCGAGUGGGCGUGUCCCUCGUGCACGUUCAUCAACAAGCCAUCCCGUCCCGGCUGUGAGAUCUGCGCCACAGCUCGGCCCGACGUGCACAAACAGAGCUGCAUCCAGCAGGAGAAAGGAAGGCGAGAAGAUCGCGGUGAGCCGGGUUUAAGCAGCAGCAGCAGCAGCUGACUGCCCCACCUUGACACCCGAUUGCCGUUUCUCACUCCAGGCACCAUUUUCACUCACAUCUGACCCCGUGCACUGAAGGACGGAGCGUCUGAAGCUUUGCAGCAUGACGCAGAGCUGCGCCGCUUGAGGCUCAAAUCGACACCAUCUGCUAAGAGAGGAUGCAAACAUGACAUCCAUAAAAAUUCUUCCAGAGGUCAUCUUUAUUGAUUUGAAAGAUGCAUAAAAACAGCCUUGUAUUUACUUUAUUUCCCAGAGAAACAACGGUGAAAGCUCGUUGUGUCUGAAGCUGAAAGGACAUCAUACUGACUUUGUGAAAGCCGUAUGGAAUUCUUCCUUGUUUAGCGUGCCAAAAUAAUUGCGGGGCGGGGGGUGAUGGAUGAGACAUUAUCACAUUUACAAGGUUGUAAAGUGCUUUUUUUUUCCCCCCUUUCUUGUUAUUUUUAAACAAAACAAUGUACAUUUUAGUUGUUGAGCGCAUUUUACUGGUUUCCUUCUUGCCAAUUUGUUUUUCGGUACAUAUUGUACAAAGUGCAUUAACAGAAUAAACAGAAUGGAACAUAAAAAGACCACAGGACAGCCACGUCUGUUCUUCUGAGAGAUGAAUGUGAAUCAGUGAAUCCUCGCCGCUUUGCAGUUUGUCCACAUGAAGACAUCACAUCGUCUGUCAUCGUCAGUCAAGGACAUCGUCAGCUGUGGUUUCAAUUUUUUUUUAUUUUAUUUUAAAGUAAGUAGAAGAAAAGCUCGUGGAGAACGCCUAAUAAGACAACAUCUCGACUCCAGGUCCCAAACUGCAACCAGACUAAUAACGGAACCUUUAGUUCAGGGUCCAACCAGGUUGUGUGUUGCCAGUUGCUUUAUCAGCAGCUGCAAAAUACUUGUUGGCAGCUGCUGACUGUAACUAGUAAUCUAACUUGGUUACUCUCAGCGAAGUAACUAAGAGACUUUGCCAAUUUUUCCAAGAUUUUUCCUGACUUUGACCUAAUACCUUGAAAAUUCAAUCAGUUCUUGCCUAUCAGGAUAUAAAUCCUCUGUAAAAAUGUCAUAACGAUAUAUGAAAAAUUGUGGGUUACAGGCUGUUCAACAAACAGGGGUGAAAACAUAAUCAACUGCACUGGUGGAGGUUAUGAACACUUUGUACAUACAGUAGUGUUCAGAAUCAUAUGCAGAUGAUAUGCAUAUAUGCAUAUCAUGAAUGCUUGGUCUUGUUGGAUUUGUGAGAAUCUACUGGUACCUUGUUUCCAGUGUAACAAUAAGAAAUAUACUCAAAACCUGGAUUAAUCUUUUUAGUCACAUGGCACUACUAUUACUCUGAACACUACUGUAUACUGUAUUCUGUGUGUUUUUAGAUCAGACAAUUCUGAAAUAACACCAACAAAGGGGUGGG